AGCGUCUGGAGCGCCCCUCGCCCCGUGGCGCGUUCUCCCGCAGAGCCGAGGCAGGCAGCCUCCCUGGCCGCUUGUGCGGCGGUAGCACAAGGCACAGGGGGAGGGGAGAGAGAGGAUCGGGGGCCCUUGCCUCCCCCCGCUCUGCGAAUUGGCCGCGGCGCCUUUAAAGGAGGCGGCGGCGGCGGCGGCGGCGCUUCUGCCCAGGCGAGCAACGAGACGCAGCUUCGGUGCGAAGGAGCCCAGACGACCGACGGACGGACGGACGGACGGAGGAAGAGACGGAGGCCAUGGCCGCCGAGCCGCCGCUCCCCCAGCGUCCAGCUGGUUUGCGCCGGUUUAGCUCCCAGUGGCCCAAGCACAGCAUCCUCAAUGACUCGGUGGAGAGCUCCGAUGAUGAAUUCUUUGAUGCACGAGAGGAGGUGGCCGAAGGGAAAAGCGCGAUCCUCCUUGGGAUGAGCCAGUGGAACUCCAACGACUUGGUGGAGCAGAUUGAGACCAUUGGGAAACUGGAAGAGAGCCCAGGCGAAGACCCCACGUUUUGUUCCUCUGGCGUCCUUCAGGAAAAGCAACGGGAACUCUACAGAGCCUCUUUGAGGAAGCACCGCUAUCCUGCGCAAGGCAGCAUCGAGAUCCAUGAGGACAGUGGGGAAGGGGGUCAGCAGCGGAACUGCAAGACCCACGUCCUGAUUCUUGUCCUCCACGGGGGUAAUAUCCUGGACACAGGAGGCGCAGAGCCCAGCAGCAAGAUGGGCGACAUCAACACCUUCGCCUCAGUCUUUGAGAAGGUGACACGGGCCCAUUUCCCGGCUGCCCUUGGCCACACCCUCAUCAGGCUUGUCCCUUGUCCGGCCGUCUGCUCGGAGGCCUUCUCCCUCAUGGCAAACCUGAAUCCCUACAGCUACGAUGAGACCUCCCUAAGCAGCAGUGAAGAUCACAUCCCUCUGGCCGCCUUGCCACUGCUGGCCAUCUCUUCCCCGCAGUACCAGGAUGCAGUUGCCAUGGUGAUCAGCAGAGCCAACCAGGUUUACAAUGAGUUUAUCAGAUCUCCUGAUGGGACUGGCUUUAACGGGCAGGUGUGCCUCAUCGGAGACUGCGUGGGAGGGAUUUUGGGCUUUGAUGCCAUCUGCUACAGCACAGGUCUGACAGAUGAAAGCCAAGCCAGCAGCAGAAGAGGCAGUGCUAGCAGUGCCCAGGAUAAUCCCCUCUCAGCUGAAGACUCAGACCUGGGAGACCUGAAACGCCUCAGCAAAAGCAACAUAGACAUCUCUGGGAUGAUGGAGGAAGAGGAGUGCAGGCAGCCUUUGCCGCGGAAACCAAGUGACGGCUCCGGCUAUGACUGUGAUGCCAUAAUGCAGCAUCAUGCCUUCCUUUCCAGCAUCCACUCAACGAUGAUGAACGAGGAUGCGGAUUUCCCUCCUGAGAGCUCCGCCAACCUGUCCGACGUGAUGCUGGGGCGUUUUGAAUUUGAAGUCUCUGACUUCUUUCUCUUUGGCUCCCCCCUCGGUUUGGUGCUGGCAAUGCGGAGGACCGUUCUCCCUGCCCUGGAAGUCUCCCAGGUCCAUCCAGCUUGCAGCCAAGUUUACAGCCUCUUCCACUCUGCUGACCCAUCUGCCUCCCGGCUGGAGCCGCUGCUGGAGAACAAAUUCCACCUCCUGCCCCCGUUCACUGUGCCGAGAUACCAGCGAUACCCUCUGGGAGACGGGAGGUCUCACCUCUUAGCUGACGCUCUUCACUGCCACAGUGCCCUGUUUGCCGACGGUGGCUCUGCAGAGCCACUCUCCUCAGUGGGGACAUCAGAGCCCCCAAACACAUCUCAAGGGAAAGUGCGACGAGGGAGCGCAGGCAGCAGCAACAGUGGAAGUUCUGGCUCGACGGAGAGUUUGCUGCCUGCCGGUGUGACAAACAUCACGUCCAAGUGGUGGGGAGUGAAGCGGAUAGAUUACGCCUUAUACUGCCCCGACGUCCUCACGGCUUUUCCAACGGUGGCAUUGCCUCAUCUCUUCCAUGCCAGCUACUGGGAGUCAACGGAUGUGGUGGCCUUCAUUCUCAGACAGGUGAUGAGAUUUGAAACCGUCAGCGUCAAGGAGAGCAGCAGUUUGGGCCCGGCAACCCUCAGCCCCUCCAAUCCUCGGGAAAAAUGGCUGCGCAAGAGGACCCAAGUCAAACUGAGGAACGUAACUUCGAACCACAGAUCGAAUGAUGUCAUCGCAGCAGAAGAUGGCCCUCAGUCGCUGGUUGGCCGCUUCAUGUACGGGCCCCUCGACAUGGUGGCGCUAACAGGAGAGAAGGUCGACAUCUUCAUCGUGACUGAACCCUCCUCUGGGCGGUGGGUCUAUUUCGAUACGGAGAUCACCAACAGCAGCGGCAGGAUCUUGUACAACGUUCCCAAAGAGAAGAGGCUAGCCGUUGGGGUCUUCCCUAUCAAGAUGGUGGUCAGGGGAGACCAGAGCAGUGCUAUCAGCUACCUGACGGUGCUGCCCCGGGGGAUGGAGUGUGUGGUCUUCAGCAUUGACGGCUCUUUUGCAGCCAGCGUCUCCAUCAUGGGCAGUGACCCCAAAGUCCGGGCUGGCGCAGUGGAUGUUGUCAGACACUGGCAAGAUCUUGGGUACCUGAUCAUCUACAUCACGGGGCGCCCUGACAUGCAGAAGCAGCGUGUUGUUUCGUGGCUCUCCCAGCAUAACUUCCCCCAAGGAAUGAUCUUCUUCUCUGACGGGCUUGUCCACGACCCUUUGAGGCAGAAGACCAUCUUCCUCCGGAACCUCAUGCAAGAGUGCCAUAUCAAAAUUUGUGCUGCCUACGGCUCUAUGAAGGACAUUUCUGUGUACAGCGUCCUGGGACUUUCCCCUUCCCAGAUUUAUAUUGUUGGGCGCCCAGCAAAGAAGUAUCAGGCUCAAUGCCAGUUCCUCAGCGAAGGCUACGCAGCCCACUUGGCCUCGCUGGAGUUCAGCCUCCGUUCCCGCCCCAAGAAGAACAAUUCGCGCAUGAUCCUGCGGAAGGGCAGCUUUGGCCUCCACUCCCAGCCUGACUUCCUGCGGAAGAGGAACCACCUCCGGAGGACUCUUUCUGUCCAGCAGCCAGACCCACCCUCCUUAGCCCCCAAGCCAGAGCGUGCCCAAAGCCAGCCCGAGUCUGACAAGGACCACGACCGGCCACUGCCCCCCAUUGUAUGGGCGCGUGGGGGUGUCCCUAAGUUUGAGUCCGCCCCCUAGCGAGCGCUGGGAUGGUGCCAUCAUGGCUUCUGCGUCCUGCGAUGAGCGUGUGGACACCUGCGCUUUUGAGAGCCGUCUGUGCAGCUUCGGGGUCCAAAGCGACGGGAAGGGCCGGGCCCCCCCAGCUCUGGUGGCUUCUGUCUUCCGGGGGGAACUUCCCGUUUGCUUCCUUCGUUUGUAUCUGCUAACGAAACAUUGAGAGUGCAGGAAAUGAUGCGCGCCGGCUGUGUUCUGUUGAGGCUGUGACAAUGAGCAGGCCAACAAGCUUGUCUUUAAAUGUUUACUGCAUUACACGUGCAAUAAGAUUUUGGGGGUGGGAAAGAUCCUGCUGAUCCCAGAAAGGGGUGGCUGAGAGGUGGGGUCCCGGGCAGCCCCUGAACCUGCUUUUCCAAUAGAAAGAGCCCAACCUCUGAUACUGCAGGGGCCAGGGUGCUGCUGGCAGGUCUUUGGCGUGCAGGUAACGCCACCGGGCCUGAAGCAAGAAAGCUGGCAGCUUUGCAGAGGGGACUCUCUGGGCCCCUUAAACCCAAAGGUGGCUCGUUGCCUACGUAGGCCUCGGAUUUCCACAUUUGUAAAGAGGCAUGUUGGUAGAGGUGAAAAAUGAAUGGGGACGUCUGUGAAGAAAGAGGCCUUGGCUGCUUUCUGGAAGAGUUGCAAAAGGAACAUGCCCUGGAAAUGCUGAGGGAAGGGGGGGCUGUUGGUUGAAGGGGCGCCUGGCCGUUCUCCAGCGGUGGUUUCCGUGUCCUGCUGCUGCACGGUUGGAUUUUUUGUGGACAAUAAACCCAUCCUGGAGUAAUCCAUUUUUGAUAAACCAAAUAGUGUUAGAAGUCCCUGCGCAUCUUCCCCUCCUCUCCCCGCCGAGAUAGCCAAAGUGUCCCCCCCCCCGUGCUGUGGCACACGGUAGCGUGUCCUGUGUGUUGAAGUUGCAUGCACUGCUGCUGCUGUUGUGUCUCGUGGAGCGUGGUCGUCGACUGGUGGCGUUUCCAGAACUUCAAGCUUUAAGGGACUGGUGUGUUAACCUUUUCAGUAUUAAAUGUGGAUCUUGAGUAGAAGAGGCAAGUACUUGCACACAAAGGCACUUCCUGGUCAGGUGCCCUACACAAACGCGUGUGCACACACUCCCCUCUGCCUGUUGCAGCCUCCCCCUCAGCUGCGGUAGAGUAGCCCAAUGUUGCACUCCUUCUCCAAGGAUUGGGGGGCAGAAUCCUUACAUAGGGAAAAGGGAAGAGUGGCAGAGGGCAGGUGACCCUGCUGGGUGGUGGCCGCUGGCAUGAUGGGGCUUCAUUACAGAGACCCACCCAUGACCCCUAGCGGGAAAUGAUGUGCAGAGAUACGCUGUUUGCUGCCAACAAGAGAGCCUUGGCAUUUGUUUGUCCCUUCCCUGCAGUGUCAUCCACUUUUUGUUACUUGACCCCAUCCUGGUGAAAGAAGGCCCUUUGGUGUCCUCGUCCUGGGGUGCAGUGGUCAUCUUCUGAGGGUCCCCUGAAUCCUGGCUGAGUGUGGAGCAACUUCUGUCCAACUUGGCACAUGCCAGCUGGGGAGUCUGACACGGCCUUCAGGCAAAGCCGAGCCUGCCAGUUUCUUUAUUUAUUUGUUCCAUUUUGUUUAAUUAUUUAUAGAAUGCACUUUCUUGUAAAAUGUCACAAGGGGAACCCUUAAGACUCUUUGCCGAGUGGAGAGCCUCCUCUCUCCCAGGAGCUCACUUUGGGCCUCCUUGGCCAUGCAAAGGGUAGGUCGCAUUUCCACGCAGAUGUUCCUCCCGUCUCUUGCGCAGCCUGGUGGGCUCUGAUGGCUCAAGGUAGACCCACAGAAACAGAGGGAGUGCCAAGAGCAGCAAGCGAAAUGAUCUGGACUUGAAAAUGACCAGGAGCAGAAGAAGUUGAUGAGCAAGAAGGCAGAAGGCCGUGGGCUCCUUCAGCUGGGAAAAGACACAUCGAGAAGCCUCCAAGUGCCUGCAGGGCUGCUUUGUCCUGGGCUGAUCAGGAGAGGACAGGCUCAGAAAGCUCCAGACCGGGCUUGGGGGAGAGCUCUCUGCCUGGGGAGGCAGUUGAGGGCUGCCAUGGGGCUGGAGGAAGAGAGGGGUGGAGGGCAUAACUUUCACUGUGGGGACGGUCUUUUUUUUUUUACAAUAAUUUUUAUUCAAAUUUUCAUAAAACAUACAAAACAAAAUCAUAAAACAUUCAAAGACAAAAAACAAAACAAAACAAAACUGAUUAAACAAAAAAAUA